UAUCUUUAAGAGUUUCGUGGCCAUCCCAGAAAAGCUUUAAAGCAAGAAUGAGUAGUGCUGGACCAGAGGUCAAAAGCAUCUUUUGGCUGAUGACAUGUCAUUUUGGACUGUGGUGAGGAACCUGGAUCAUUUUUAAAGAAGGGCAGGUCUUGACCUCUCUCUGUUUUUCUGUUAGGAUCUCAGCUGUUCUCUUAAUCUAAAAGCCACUUCUAGGUUGCCUUCAAAAUAAGGGCCUCAACUACUGGACUCCACACUCUGUCUUGGCACUGUAAUGUGACCCUUCAAGGCCUUUUGAUGAACUUGGUUGUGAACCAUGGUUUUUAAAAAGAGAGAGAGAAAAAUUUCUGCCAUGUUUGAAAUACUGGCUUACAGCCAGGGAUUGGGGCACUCAAUUCAGUGAUAAGCCAGUGUUAUCUUUGGGGAGGAUCACAGCUUCCCCCAAAACCGAGAGACAAGCUUGUGCCCAAUCAGGGUAACAAAGUAUGACCGAGAGAGCUAUGUAGUAAUUAUUCUUUAUCCCACGAAGAACCGGGAGAUUUGUGUCCUGUUUCCGAACCUAUGCUGCCAUAUAGUGAAAGCAACAGGAAAUUUGGAGACAAAGGGGCCUGAUCUUGGUCUUAGCCCAGGACCAGGUCCGAGAUCACGGACACAAAGAUGUUCUGUGCUUUCCUUCAAUGCAGGGUGUAUCGGGACUGGUGGAACUCAAGUAUGAACCAUUGAUUCAUAUUUAAUGAAAGACGCACAAAUAUUUAACUUCGGGUCAACUUUUAUGAAGAUCUUACUUUAUACACACUAACACGACAGCUACGAUUUUGGUACACAGAAACGUAUUCCCACUCUGCCUUUGGGAAAACGCACGUAAAGUGUAAAGCGAGGUCAACAGUCCCAAUGGGCACCGCCCCUCGUUAGCUCCCCGCCCACCGAGGCCCCACGUCCUUGCUAUUGGUUCCCUUCCCUGCGCCGUCCGUUGCCGUGGAGACCAAGGCUAUGGCAACCAGGAGAAGCCAAACUUGCUCAUCCCUUCGCUACCGCCAAGGGAGACUCUAGGGUGGGCGGACUCUCUCGGCGCUGUGCUCAUGGCGCUCUACGAGCUCUUCUCUCAGCCGGUCGAGCGCGGCUACCGCGCGGGGCUCUGCUCCAAGGCCGCGCUGUUCCUGCUGCUGGCCACCGCGCUCACGUACAUCCCGCCGCUGCUGGUGGCCUUCCGGAGCCACGGGUUUUGGCUGAAGCGGAGCAGCUACGAGGAGCAGCCGACUGUGCGCUUCCAGCACCAGGUACUGCUCCUGGCCCUGCUAGGACCCGAGCGCGGCGGGUUCCUCGCCUGGAGCACGUUCCCCGCCUUCAACCAGCUGCAGGGGGAUCAUCUGCGCGUCCCGCUCGUCUCGGCUAGAGAAGAAGACAGAAACCAGGACGGGAAAAUGGACAUGUUACAUUUUAAACUGCAGCUUCCCCUGCAGUCCACGGAACAUGUUCUUGGUGUGCAACUCAUCUUGACUUUCUCCUACCAAUUGCAUAGGAUGUCAACCUUCGUGAUGCAGAGCAUGGCAUUUCUUCAGUCCUCCUUCGCUAUUCCGGGGUCCCAGUUAUAUGUGAACGGAGACCUGAGGCUGCAGCAGAAGCAGCCCCUAAGCUAUGAUGGCCUAGACGUGCGAUACAACUUCGUCGACACUCUUGUUCCGCUGCUGUAUUGCGGAGGGCACCAGAGAGCAAGCCACAGAACUCUUGUUCUUCAGAAUCCCCUUAAUGGGCUGUUGCGAAGCCGAGGCUGCCAUGGCCUGCUGCGAGGAUGCCAUGGCCCGCUGCGAGACUGCCAUGGCCUGCUGCGAGGAUGCCAUGGCCCGCUGCGAGACUGCCAUGGCCUGCUGCGAGGAUGCCAUGGCCCGCUGCGAGGAUGCCAUGGCCCGCUGCGAUGGUGGGCUUAAGGGUCGCUGGUUGGCGCUGGGUCCAGGAAGGAAAGGGCUAGGGGCGAAGGGGCGAAGGGAGACUGGCCAGGCAGCCGCCGAGCCCACCUGGGGCUAAAGCGCUGCACCUGCUGUCACGGUGACAGCUACUAGCGUCGUUUUCACGACACAAGGACCCCGACCCCGACGCGUUGGCGCCUGCUAGCCCGCGCUGGCGCCGGCGGCUGGCUGCUCUGGGUCCGCCCGUGGCCAACGCUCUGUAUCCGCGGCAGGCGGAGAAGCCCAACAGCCUGUAAUACAGUUUAAAUCAGGAAGUUUGAUGCCUUCGGCUUUGCUCUUUCUCAAGAUUGCUUUGGCUAUUUGGGGUCUUCUGUGAUUCCAUACAUUCUUUAGGAUUGUUUUUUUCUACAUCUGUGAAAAAUAACGCUGGGAUUUCGACAGGGAUCCCACUGAUUCUGUGGGUAGCUUUGGGUAGUAUGGACAUUUUAAUAGCAUCAAUUCUUUUAACACGUGAACACAGAGUAACUUUCCAUUAAUUUGUGCCUCCUUCAGUUUCUUUUAUCAAUGUCCUAUAGUUUUCAGUAUACAGAUAUUUCACCUCCUUAGUUAAAUUUACUUCUAUGUAUUUUAUAUUACUUUUGAUGCGAUGUAAUGGGAUUUUUUUUUUUGUAAUUUCUCUUUCUAAUACUUCAUUGUUAGUGAUUUUGUGUAUCGAUUAUGUAUCCUGCAACUUUACUAAUUCAUUGAUAAGUUCUAACAGUUUCUUUGGUAGAGUCUUUAGGGUGUUCUAUUAAAUAAUAUUGUGUCAUAGGCCAAUAGUGACAGUUUUACAUCUUCCUUUCCAAUUGGGAUGACUUUUUUUCUCUUUCUUGCCCAAUUGCUCCGGCUGAGACUGCAUAUACUAUGUUGAAUCGAAGUUGUGAGAGUGGGCAUCCUUGUCUUCUUCCUGAUCUUGGAGGGGAAAUUCUCAGCUUUCCACCAUUGAGCAUGAUCUUAGCAGUGGGCUUGUCCUAUAUGUCCUUUAUUAUAUUAAGGUAUGUUCCUCUGUACCCACUUUGUUGAGAGGUUUUUUUAAAAUAAAUGCAUGUUGAAUUUUGUCAAAUGCUUUUUAUG